GAAUAAUAAAAAGAUAUUAUAUAACACGAUCAGCCCCUUCACGCUCCUCGUGACCACCUCCCGCUGUAUGCCUCCUUUCUUCCGCCUUUACGAUUCUCUUCUUUCUUCGCUCAUCCCAAAACCCUGAAAAUGGCUUCUUCUCUCCGCCCCUCCCACCCUCCUCUCUCCGCCCCAACCCACCCGGAAUUCCACUUCCUCCGCCUCCCAUGGAGCCGCUUCCCCCCUCCAAAAGCGCUUCCUCGCCGCGCUUCUCCUCUUUCCUUUCCCGCCCGCCGCUUCUACUGCCGCAGCCGCAGCCGCAGCCGCAGCAGCAGCGCCACUUCGGUUGAGAGGGCUGAGGAGAAGGAAAGGAAGCGGAAGGGUUCAGAGAAGCGAGGAAAAGUUCGGGUUCGCGUCCACCUGAACCACCAGGUCGAGUUUGGGGAGCAUGUGGGCAUGGUGGGAUCGAUCAAGGAGCUCGGUUCUUGGAAGAAGCAGGUUGAAUUAGAGUGGACCCCCGACGGUUGGGUGUGCGAGCUCGAACUACCUGGCGGAGAGCCCGUGGAGUAUAAAUUUGUAAUCUUUACAAAAGGGAAGAAGGACAAGUUGUGGGAGGACGGGGAUAACCGAGUGUUGGAUCUCCCAAAAGGAGGCAUUUUUGAUAUGGUAUGCCAUUGGAACAAGACUAAUGAGCCUGUGGAUUUGAUGGGGACUCUAAUGGUUGAGGAGGAUGAGGAAUUCAAGCGUCAGGGUGGUGUUAAUGAUUCUGUGGAUGAAGAUGGUGGGGUUGUUUUGGAGGGAGACCCAAGCAGCGCUUUUGUUGAGCAGUGGCAAGGCAGGGAGGUUUUGUUCAUGCGGUCGAACGAGCACAGAAGUAGGGAUAUAGAGAGGAGGUGGAUAACAGACGGGCUUGAUCGUGUGGCAUUGAAGCUUGUGGAGGGCGAUAAGAAUGCGAGGAAUUGGUGGAGGAAGCUAGAGGUUGUAUGCGAUUUGUUGGUGGGUAAUAGUGAAGAAGGGCAGUGCUUGGAAGCUCUCAUUUACUCGGCUAUUUAUUUGAAGUGGAUCAACAUUGGUCAAAUUCCCUGCUUUGAAGAUGGUGGUCAUCACCGGCCAAACAGGCAUGCUGAGAUCUCCAGGCUCAUAUUUCGUGAACUUGAGAGGAUAUACUAUGGGAAAAACACAUCACCUCAGGAUGUACUUGUGAUCCGGAAGAUUCAGCCAUGUUUGCCUUCAUUUAAGUCAGAGUUUACUGCUUCUGUUCCUCUAACACGAAUUCGUGAUAUUGCCCACCGUGGUGACAUCCCUCACAAUCUGAAGCAAGAAAUCAAACAUACUAUCCAAAACAAGCUUCACAGAAAUGCUGGUCCUGAAGAUUUGGUUGCUACAGAAGCCAUGCUUGCUAGAAUUACCAAGACUCCAGGGGAAUACAGUGAAGCUUUUGUUGGACAGUUCAAGAUAUUUUACAGUGAAUUAAAAGAUUUCUUCAAUGCUGGGAGUCUCAUCGAGCAUCUGGAGUCAAUCAAGGAAUCAUUGGAUGAGCAGCACUUACAAACUCUUGCUUCCUUUUUGGAAUGCAAAAUGAGUUUGGAGAAGCUGCAGGAUGAAAAUGAUUUUGUUGCAAGUGGUGGGAUUGAAGUUUUGUUGAAUGCAUUGCAUUCUUUGACUGCUCUGAGAUCAAUUAUUGUGAAAGGUCUUGAAAGUGGCCUUCGAAAUGAUGCACCUGAUGCUGCUAUAGCGAUGCGACAGAAGUGGCGCUUGUGUGAGAUUGGCCUUGAGGAUUAUUCAUUUGUGUUGUUAAGCAGAUUUGUCAAUGCUCUUGAAUCUAUGGGUGGAGCUGAUUGGCUUGCACAGAGUGUAGGAUCUAGAAACAUAAGCCCAUGGAAUAAUCCUCUUGAUGCUUUUAUAGUUGGCAUUCAGCAAGUUGGGCUUUCUGGUUGGAAAUCAGAGGAGUGCGCUGCUAUAAAGAGCGAACUUCUCUCAUGGAGACAAAAGGGUUUAUCUGAAAAAGAAGGCAGUGAAGACGGAAAGUUCAUCUGGUCACUUAGGCUUAAAGCUACACUUGACAGAACUAGGAGAUUGAUAGAAGAAUAUUCUGAUACACUUCUUUCGAUUUUCCCUGACAAAGUCCAGAUACUAGGAAAAGCCCUUGGAAUUCCAGAGAACAGUGUAAGAACAUACACCGAAGCUGAAAUUCGUGCAUGUGUUAUUUUUCAGGUCUCAAAGCUUUGCACUCUUCUAUUAAAAGCCGUGCGGACAGCACUCGGAUCAUCAGGUUGGGAUGUUCUUGUACCAGGUGUGGCUCAUGGAACUCUUGUACAGGUAGAAAGUAUAGCUCCUGGCUCAUUGCUGUCAUCUAUAAAUGGACCUGUCAUUUUGGUCGUCAGUAAGGCUGAUGGGGAUGAGGAGGUAAAAGCAGCUGGAGAAAAUAUUGUAGGGGUUGUUCUUCUACAAGAGUUGCCUCACCUAUCACAUCUUGGUGUUAGGGCCCGACAAGAGAAGGUGGUGUUUGUCACAUGUGAAGAUGAUGAUAAAAUUGACUAUAUUCGAACGCUUGAUGGGAAAUCUAUCAGGUUGGAAGCAUCAGCCACUUGUGUUAAUUUAUCUUUGCAGUCUGGGGACAACAGUGAGGCAUUGUCUCAAAGUACGGGAACUCCACCUCCAAUGGAAACUUUGGAGCAAUUUUCAAAAUCCCCCAGUCCGGUGGAGUCAUCGUACACUAUAAACGUGCCAUUCUUGAUUAAUGGGCAUCCUUUGGGGAAAAGUGCCACUUCUAGUGUUUUAGAGCUUUCAAAAGCAACAGUUGAAACAUCUGGUGCAAAAGCUGCUGCAUGUGGUCGCCUUGCUGAUUUGGCAACACAUUCUGUGAAAGUUUACAAUGAUCAUGGAGUCCCCGCUUCAUUUCAAGUACCCUCCGGUGCUGUAAUUCCCUUUGGGUUUAUGGAAGCGGCCCUGGAGAAAAGUGGCUCCUUGGAAUCCUUCUUAACCCUAACAGAACUGAUCGAAACGGCAAAACUCGAAGAUGGUGAACUUGACAACUUAUCGUCCAAACUGCAAACAUUGGUGUCGAAGCAACGCCCAUCUGAAGAAACCAUCGAAUCUAUCAGAAAACUCCUUCCAAAUAAUGUUCGUCUUAUAGUACGAUCCAGUGCCAAUGUUGAGGAUUUAGCAGGAAUGUCUGCUGCUGGGUUGUAUGAAUCUAUUCCAAAUGUGAGCCUGUCUAACCCAAGUGCUUUUGGAGAAGCUGUUGGUCGGGUUUGGGCUUCUUUGUACACAAGAAGGGCCAUACUGAGCCGUCGGGCUGCCGGUGUACCCCAGAAAGAUGCAAUGAUGGCAGUGCUGGUGCAGGAGAUGCUAUGCCCGGAUCUAUCUUUCGUGCUUCAUACAGUUAGUCCAGCCGAUCAUGAUCCAAAAGUGGUUGAAGCUGAGAUCGCACCAGGACUUGGUGAAACCCUAGCUUCAGGGACACGUGGCACCCCAUGGAGGCUUUCUUCUGGGAAGUUUGAUGGAAGUGUUAGGACUUUGGCUUUUGCGAAUUUCAGCGAGGAGAUGCUGGUGCUCAAUUCUGGUCCGGCGGAUGGGGAGGUUUUACGGUUGACUGUCGAUUACAGCAAGAAGCCUUUGACAGUUGAUGCGAUGUUUCGGACGCAGGUGGGACAGAGGCUUUGCGCAAUCGGCUUCUUUCUCGAGCAGAAGUUUGGGUCCGCGCAGGAUGUUGAAGGGUGUGUGGUGGGCAAAGAUAUCUUCAUAGUUCAGACAAGGCCACAACCAUAAGUCUCGUUUCUCGCAUAUUAGUAGAGCAAGAUGGUGUUGGUCCUCAUCGCAGAUCGAGUUGUGAAGAUAUGGUUAUAUUUGAGCAGAGACCGAGCGAGGUGGUGAACGGUGAAUAAGGAAGAAUAAGAAAUAUAGUAGGCUCCAAAGUUCACGGCCAUCUAGCCUGUCAAAGCCUUCCUAUUAUUCAUGUGAAUGUGAUACUAGUCUAUAAUAAGAGUUGAUUCAAGUGUUUAUAUAUACACUGAACCUAGACGCGAGUCAAGCAAUACAUAAAAAUUUUUCGGGUGCAUGAAAUUUGUCGAAAGAUUAGCUAUCCGUUUAUGCGGCAGUUAGUCAUUUGGUAAAAUUUGUGUAUAACUGAACCUCUUUCCUGGUAUGUUGGUGCGACGAUGUGGCCCGUUCUAUUAUUCUGGGGCCCAGUUUUUAA